CGGAGUUUCUUGUUUGAAGCUAGGCAGUGAUCGUGCACGAUCGUUCGUAUUGUCAAUGGCGACCUUUGCAAAAAUCGCCAUGGAACUCCUCAGGGAUCCACUGAUGUGGCUGUUCCUCGCGUCGCUGGCCUUCGUAGCCAUGCAGAGGCGGCGGCUGGGCAGCGCGCCGUUUCCUCCGGGGCCCAAGUCGCUGCCGGUCAUCGGCAACAUGACGCUGGUGGACCAGCUGACCCACCGCGGCCUAGCUGCGUUAGCGAAGCAGUUCGGCGGGCUGCUGCACCUUCGCUUCGGCUGGCUCCACGUCUUCGCGGUGUCGACGCCCGAGUACGCGCGCGCGGUGCUGCACGAGCAGGACGGCGCCUUCUCGAACCGCCCGGCGACCAUCGCCGUGGUCUACCUCACGUACGGCCGCUCCGACAUGGCGUUCGCGCACAACGGCGCCUACUGGCGCCAGAUGCGCAAGCUCUGCGUCACCAAGAUCUUCAGCCGCCACCGCGCCGAGACGUGGCUCGCCGUGCGCGAAGGGUACGGGGCGCUGGCCCGCGAGGUCGGCCGGCGCAGCGGCGAGGCCGUCAACCUCGGCGAGCUCAUCUUCAACCUCACCGUCAGCGUCAUCUUCCGCGCGGCCUUCAGCACCCGCGACGAGGACGGGCUCAUCGAGUUCGUCGCCAUCCUCCAGGAGUUCUCGAGGCUGCUAGGAUUGUUCCACAUCGGUGACUUCUUCCCGUGGCUCGCCUGGGUGGGCCGUCGUGGCUUCAACCGCCGGCUCAGCACGGCGCGCGGCGCUCUCGACAGGUUUAUCGACAAGAUCGUCGACGAGCACAUGAGGAGGGGCAAGAAUCCGGCAGACCCCGACGCCGACUUGGUAGAUGGCCUGCUCGCCUUCCUCGCCAACGCAAACCCAGUCAGCGGCAAGCGCAGAGAGGACGCUCUCCGCCUCACGCGGGAUAAUGUCAAAGCUAUGAUCAUGGACAUGUUAUUUGGUGGACCGGAAACCGUGGGGUCCACCACCGAGUGGGCGAUGGCAGAGAUGAUGCGCAGCCCAGGCGAGCUCGAGCGGCUACAGCAGGAGCUCGCCGAUGUGGUGGGGCUCGACCGGGCGGUUGAAGAAUCCGACCUCAACAAGCUCCCUUUCCUCAGGUGUGUCGUCAAGGAGGCGCUACGCAUGCACCCGCCGAUCCCCGUGCUCCUCCACGAGGCCGCCAAGGACUGUGUUGUUGGCGGCUACUCCGUACCGAGAGGUUCCCGCGUGUUGGUCAAUGCAUGGGCGAUCAACCGCGACGGCGGGGCCUGGAAGGAUGGCGACACAUUUCGACCAGCACGGUUCAUGCCCGGCGAGGGCGAGGCCGCCGGUCUAGACCUCAAGGGAAGCUGCUACGAGUUCUUGCCGUUUGGGUCUGGCAGACGCUCAUGCCCUGCGCAGGGGCUCGGCCAACAUGCGGUUGAGUUCGCCGUCGCGCAGCUGGCGCAUGGUUUCAACUGGAAGCUGCCCGACGGCAUGAAGCCAACAGAGCUUGACAUGGGCGACAUUUUUGGCCUCACCGCGUCACGCUCCACACGGCUCUAUGCCGUGCCCACGCCCCGGCUCACCUGCCCCAUGUAAUGUGAUAAUUAUUGGACAAGGUGUGCAGUGCCCACAUAGACGUAACAUUAUAUUGCCAAUAAUGCCAACACCUACAAACAACCUAUAAAUGUUUACUUAACUUUUCAAACUAUGAUUCUCUACCCCCUAAAUUUAGCAAAGUUUGGCCAA